CGGCGGCGGAGCGGGGACAAAGUCCCCCCGGCGGCGCGACGAGCAUCCCCGCUCGCCCCACACACCGCCCUCGGCUGCCGCUGCGCCUCCCCGCUCUGGGGCCGGCACCGGGAUCGGGAUCAGCACCGGGCCCGGGCCCGGCGGGCGCCUACCCCGCGCCCCUCCGCCGCCGCGCUCCCGCGGGGUGCCCGUCGCCUCCUCCUCCUCCUCCUCCUUCUCCUCGUCCUGCUGCGGCCGCCGCCGCGCCCGGCCAUGUCGAUGCUGCCGUCGUUUGGCUUCACGCAGGAGCAGGUCGCCUGCGUCUGCGAGGUGCUGCAGCAAGGGGGGAACCUGGAGAGGCUGGGCCGCUUCCUCUGGUCGCUGCCGGCCUGCGACCACCUGCACAAGAACGAGAGCGUCCUCAAGGCCAAGGCGGUGGUGGCCUUCCACCGCGGCAACUUCCGCGAGCUCUACAAGAUCCUGGAGAGCCACCAGUUCUCGCCGCACAACCACCCCAAGCUGCAGCAGCUCUGGCUGAAGGCGCACUACGUGGAAGCCGAGAAGCUGCGGGGCAGACCCUUGGGCGCCGUCGGCAAGUACCGCGUCCGCCGAAAAUUCCCUUUGCCCCGCACCAUCUGGGACGGCGAGGAAACCAGCUACUGCUUCAAGGAGAAAUCCCGGGGCGUGCUGCGGGAGUGGUACGCCCACAACCCCUACCCGUCCCCCCGGGAGAAGCGGGAGCUGGCGGAAGCCACCGGUCUCACCACCACCCAGGUCAGCAACUGGUUCAAGAACAGAAGGCAACGGGACCGAGCGGCGGAGGCGAAGGAAAGAGAGAACACGGAAAACAACAACGCGGCCACCAACAAACCGAACCAACUCUCGCCUCUGGAUGGGAGCAAACCCCUCAUGUCCAGCUCCGAGGAAGAGUUUUCUCCUCCCCAAAGCCCGGAUCAGAACUCGGUCCUGCUCUUGCAGGGGAACCUCAGCCACGCCAGGAGCUCCGGCUAUUCCCUGAGCGGCUUGGCCGCAUCCCAGACCCCGCACAGCCUCCAGGGCCACCAGCUCCAGGACUCGCUGCUGGGACCCCUCACGUCCAGCCUGGUGGAUCUGGGAUCCUAAAGGCCGCCGGAGGAUCGGGAGAGGAGGUUCUGCUCGGGGACAGAGGCUCUGGGCUGUACAUAGAGGACAGCACCCGGUUUUACAGGGCACCCGCUGAUUGUUAACGGGACUCUCAUCUCUUUUCACAC